GUGACCAAUCGUUUUUCGUCUCUUGAUCUGACGCCGCAGUUUAUCCAUGUUGGGGGUGGGCUUUCUAGCUACAGUGUUAUGGAAGAUGUCAUUCGUAUUUCGAGGAGCUAUGUUGAGUGCGACAAAGACAAGAGCAUGGACCCUUGCUAGGGCCUCUGCUCCCCUUGUCACCAAUGUGGGCCAACCAGUAUUACUGAGAUGUCCCCAAAGGUCACAACCCCUCUACACAGAUUUCUCUCGGUUAAGCAGCACAACAGCCGAAGAGGAACCAGCAGAGUCCAGUCCAGUUGAAGAGAAAGUAUAUCUCAGUGCAUCAUGUGUUAAGAGGCUAGGAGAGAUCAUGGGUAAGGGAGAGUACCUGAGAAUACAGGUGGAAGGGGGAGGCUGCUCUGGGUUCCAGUACAAGUUUAUCGUUGACAGUACUAGGAACGAGGAUGACAGGAUGUUUGAGCAGGGAGGGGUGGGGAUCAUUGUGGACCAAGAUAGCCUGGAGUUUGUGAAAGGCUCGACACUGGACUAUACUCAGGAGCUGAUCCGCUCCUCCUUCCAGAUGCUGAAGAACCCCCAGGCAGACCACGGCUGCUCCUGCGGAACCUCCUUCUCAGUCAAGUUAUGAGUCUCGGCCUGAGGCUUUCAGCUCUCAAACCCUCAUCCCUACAUCCCUCACUAAGUCAUAAAAUUAUAUAUUCGUAGACCGUGUUCUCAUGGUUGCAUAAGUUAUUACACAAUUCAGACGAUCCUUGUAGCAACUCAGCAACUAAAAACAUUGACAGACUGGUGUAUCUUUAGGUAAAGUAUGCUUGGUUACAUAUUAAACUAAGUGGAUGAGAAUCUGAGAUUUUCUUGGAUGCAAAUAGAUGGAUUGGUUUUCAAGUUUUAAAUUUCACUACAAUAUAAAAACUGUUGUCUUAUUGAUUCAUUAUACAUUUAUACUAAAUGAAGACUAUGCUUUGGAGUGGUUGGAAUGUGCAAGAGUGUAUCCCGUACCUAGAUGUGUUUGUAUAUAUAAAGAAUGGGUCAUAUCUCUAACAAUAAAAUGUGUUAAAAGGA